UACGAUGCAGUAAUGUAACCUUCAGUGCUUUGUACGAUAAUUUAUUUUUUAAUUGAUGCACAUGUGCCUGAGGAUUAUAUAUCAAAAUGACCGGAUUUCAAACUGAGCCAUUGUUGAACAUACGGGUGUAACACGUACCAGUACGACUUCACCUUACAGAAUGUUUACGUUUUUGUGUAUAAUAAUCCAGCGGUAUGUUAGCCGGGGUAGUUGAUUCACCUACCUGACAGACGUCGGCAAUUUAUUGACAUAUAUACAGCACAAGGAUUGCAAACUAUGAAACCGCACAUCCUAUAUGGUUGGCUGCAGUACGCCAUGAUAGCGUGCACGUCAUGCCUGUCCUUCCCGACAAUCGAUACGCCUUCUGGUCCGAUCAAAGGUGUAGUCGUUCCCGCUCUCGGAAAGGAUAUCGUGCAGUUCCGGAAUGUUCCAUACGCUAAACCCCCUGUUGGCAACCUAAGAUUCCAAAAAACACUUCCCGUUGAACCUUGGAAUGAAACCUUGGACGGAACUGUCUUUGGUCCUUCCUGUAUGCAAGAUAUAUCUCUAUUUCCAGACAUGUGGGAAAACGCAGAAAAUACUGAAGUAAGUGAGGACUGUUUACAACUAAAUAUUUAUGUACCUGGAGCUGUUUCGACUGAAGUUAACAAACCGGUCAUGUUUUGGAUUCAUGGUGGGGCGUUUGUUACGGGAAAUAGUUGGGGUUAUGACGCGUCAUUCCUUGCCCUGAAAGACGUCAUAGUGGUAACCAUUAACUACCGUCUAGGAAUAUUUGGCUUCCUUAGCACAGAGGAUGCUGCACUACCCAGUAAUUUUGGACUUUGGGAUAUGAUUGAAGCUCUGAAGUGGGUAAACAAGAACAUUGCAUCAUUUGGAGGCGAUCCUGAAUCGGUGACUGUUUUUGGUGAAUCUGCCGGAGGUUUCGCUGUGUCCUGCCUUGCUGUGAUACCAAAUACUGCACGUCUAUUCCGGCGUAUCAUUCCACAGAGCGGACCUGCUGUUUCGUUCAUGGGAAUUGCGCAAAAUCCUGCAAGAGCUGCAAAAGCUACAGGGAAAUUCGUGGGAUGUAUAAUUGACGAAGACUUAGAUGUCGACAACAAUGUUCUUGUAAGUUGUCUCAAGAAAAAAACAUCUGACGAAUUGGUAAAAGCCCAGUCAGAUCCGGGAACUCAAUUUUUUGGCAAAUUUACUCUUUCACAAGUCAUCUGGCCUUCUGUUGACGGAGAAUUACUUCGGAGGUCACCUUUGGACAGUUUGAAUGAUCCUAAGUCGGAGGAAUCCAUUUACUUUAGAUCGUUAGACAUGCUGGCAGGUACAACAGACAACGAAGGAUCGAUUAUGCCAUUUAUUUUGGGAAUGCUACAAGAACCUAUGGGAUUCAAUCUAACUGAGGGUAUACCUACUUCUGUUUUAUGUAAGAGUGUUGCCCCAACAUUAGCCUUGGAGAUGUUCAAAGACGAAACAAUCGUAUCCGAUUUACUUUGCAAGGAAUAUUCUGAUGACAACAUAAAGCAACAAUCAAGAAAUAUCGUUAAUUUGUUUGCGGAUUCAUGGUUUGUUUCGCCUACAGUACAACUUCUUGACUUCCAUGCAAAGGAUAAGACAUCUCCAAAUACAUAUCACUACUUAUAUACAAAGACAUUAAAUUUUUCCUUUAUUUUUCCUGAAUAUUCGUGGAUGGAAGGUGCAAGGCAUGCAGCCGAACUACCGUAUAUGUUUGGCCCGAAAGGCAGGAAUGAAAUCUAUGCAUCCUUGUCUUCAGACGAAGGAAGGGCAUUUACCGACGUCCUCGUCACUUAUUGGACAAACUUUGCUAAAACAGGGAAUCCUAACGGGAGAGGUCUGGCCCCUUGGACAGCGUUCAGUUGUAAGGAUCGGGACUAUUUAGAGUUGAAUACCCAGCCAGUCCCGGGCCAGAACUUGUACGAGAGGAGGAUGAAGUUCCUGCUACAUGAUAUACCGAACAAAAUCAAGAAUAAUGUCAAGACUGAACUUUAGAAAUGUAGCGCUAAACAUGUGAGAAUACUAUAGUUUAGUUUAAGUAGGCGAUGGACAGCUUUAUGCUGGGUCAACAGCGGAAUAUUAGAGAGUGACAUCUUACAACGGUAACAUGGCCACACUGCUUUAAACGACAUCUCCUCUGUAACUAUAAUAGCAAAUAGUAAAUGGAAAUCAAACAUCAUUCUUUAGGGAUGGGGAUUCAAAAUUGACCAGGUGGAGGUGCUAUCCCCGGAGCUGCAUAGGGGCGGGGCCAUGAGGGUACAUGUAAUUUGACAUCAUAUAUUGCCCUUAAUGUCUUCAUAUCUGAAACAAUGAGAUCGUAGAUAUCAACCAUAUUUGUUUUGAAACAUUUUUAGGUAGGCCUAAAUGGGAUUCAAAAUGAUACAAAUGAAGGAGCUGACAUUUAUACUGAUGUUAUAUUUAAAAUUAUUAAACGUCAUCUAUAGAAAAAACGUGUCUGAUUGGAUUACGUCAUGCCGUAAUCACACGCUAAAGUUUCUCGGUCAAAUUUCUUUUAUUCGGGGAACUCAAUGAAAAAGCGGCCGAGUUCCGAUUGACUGAAGCACACGACAACAAUGAGGCGUCCAUCUGAUCAUCUGUGCUGAUGUGUUAUUGUUUCAUUUAGGUAUAAUAGAACAUUUCUUGCCCAUGUUUCUUUCUCCGAGAUAAAUCAUGUAACGCGAGGGUGAAGGUGUAACAUGAUUAAUCAAUGAGAAACAAAGGGGUGUCCCCCUACAACAAGGACAAUAAAGUAUAAUACUGUAGCAAAUGCACAUUGCCAUAUCAUGUCUUGUAAUCCAAUCAAAUGAUUUUUAAUGAAAUAGAAACUUGUGGCAUGAGCAAAUAUUCAUGGAUGCUGAUCCCAUACUGUUUAAAAGAUAUUACUUUCGAAUUAUUUUGUCAUGUAGGUUUUCUUCCAAUCAGUUGAAUAGCCGUUUAGUCCAGGAAGAAAUAUCUCAAGGGAAGAUAUUUCCACAAAAUAUCGUUAAAACAGCUACAGAUAAACUUUGUUGAAACGUUAGUCGGGAAAUUCUACACGUGCACUUGAUUUUAAUAAUCAUUCUUCUUAUAAAACACUGAAGUAGAACGGAACAGGGUCACGCAUAAUGUCCGUCAAUUUACACGUGACAUUUAGCGCGUGCUCGUAAACUCUCAGUUUAUAAAACUGGUGGGGAUAUCCAGUAGUGUUCCUGAUUUUUUCUACUCAGCAAGUGGGUAACUUUGUUCGAGUUGUAAACCUUUUACACUUUAACAUUUUAAAGUCACUUAAAAGUAUCUAUGCACAAAAACGCACUUUGAAAUGUGGUACAGUAUAUUUACCAGUACGAAUUAUUUUGUCAUCUAGGUUUUCUUCCAAUCAGUUGAAAAGCCGUGUAAGUGCUGGAAGAAAUAUUCAGUUAUCUCAAAGGAAGAUAUUUCCACAAAAUCUCGUUAACACGGCUCCAGUUAAACUUUGUUGAAACGUUAGUCGGGAAAUACUACACGUGGACCUGGUUUUGAAAAUCCUUCUAGUAAAUCACUGAAGUAGAACGGAACAGGGUCACGCAAAAUGACCGUCAAUUUACACGUGACAUUUAGCGCGUGCUCGUAAAUUCUCAGUUUAUAAAAUGCCCCCUUAAUUGAUUCGUUGUAGUGACAUCUAUGGUGGCGUUAUUUUCACUUCGGUUUGGCGUUAUUUCGUUAUUUCGCUUUGGUAGGUU